CGAUGAGUUCAACGCCACCUGGAGUUCUGAUCGUUGGUGCUGGUGCUGCUGGUAUCGCUGCCGCAGCGCGUUUACUCGAGCAUGGAUUCUAUAAUCUGACUAUCCUGGAGGGUGAGAACCGUAUUGGUGGCCGCAUUCACUCCGUACUCCGUGGUGCUAACAUGCUCGACUAUGGUGCCCAGUGGGUGCACGGUAAGGAUAACAACUUCGUGUACGAUAUGGCCGAUAAGUACGGACUGCUGGAAAGGGAGACGCACAAGGAGAACGAUCUCUACUAUCGCUCUAACGGCGAACCGGUACCGAAGGAAAUCUCAGAUCAGAUGAUGGAAACACUACAGGGCCUGCUACAAUCUCACAUGGAUUCGCUGAAGCAUUUCUCCGGUUCCCUAGGAGCGUUCUAUGAUCAAGUAUUUCGUGAUGCGCUCCAGGAGGGGAAGUUCGGUGAUGUGGAUGUGCGGACCUGCAAUCAGCUGUAUGAGUUCUUUAUCAAGUACGAGAAUACGUACAAUGCGACCGAUAGCCUGUACCAGGUGUCCGGUGCUGGAUUACUCGAAUUCGAGGACAACCAGGACGAGUAUCUUAUAAACUGGAAAAACCGUGGCUUUCAUACGUUGCUCGAUUUGCUUAUGAAAAAACUUCCCGAGCAACACUCCAAACCUAUUCCGGUAGAGCAGUACGUGAGGUUUAACCAUACCGUGAAAUCCAUCUGCUGGCGAGAAUCAGAUGGCUCGGGCAACGAACAAUCGGUCACAGUAACCUGUACCAAUGGAGCGAUCCUUCACGCGACUCAUCUCAUCGUGACCGUUUCGCUCGGCGUGCUACAGGAGCAGCACACUCGUUGGUUCGAUCCGCCGUUACCGUUUACCAAGCGAAAUGCCAUCGAAGGGUUGUACAUCGGUACGAUCGAUAAGAUGUUUCUUGAGUUUGAGGAACCGUUUUGGCCCCGUGACGGUAGCUGGCAUGGAUUUGGUCUACUCUGGGAGCCACAUGAUCUCGAACAACUCGAACCGAAGCGCCGAUGGUUGACGAGUGUUUGUAGCUUCUUCGUACCGGCGCACACGGACCGAUUGUUGGUUGCCUGGGUGUACGGUGAGGAUGCUCGCACGAUGGAAACCCUCCCGGAGCAGGACGUUGUCGAGGGUUUAAUGUACUUGCUGCGGAAAUUCGUGCCGCAUAAUCGACAUCCGUUCCGUACCAUUCCAUCAGCACCACGAUGGUUUUCACGGAGUCGCUGGUACUCGAAUCCACACUUUCGAGGCACCUACACCAGUCGAUCGAUCAAAUCGGACCAGCUAAAUGCAACAGCCGUUGAUUUAGCCUCACCUUUAGUUGGGACACGAUCACGAACUCCGAUUGUGCAGUUCGCCGGCGAAGCAUCACAUCCGCAAUUCUACUCUACCGUUCAGGGAGCCGUUGGUAGCGGUUGGCGUGAAGCGAAUCGCUUGAUCGACUUAUAUUCUUCGCAUACUAAAUUAGAGAUAAAAGGAAAAUUAUAAU